AUGUCCAACACCAAGGCUUUCUUCGACAUCCAGUACGCCCCUGUGGGCAGCAGCACCCCCAAGACUGGCCGCAUCAACUUCAACCUCUACGAGGCUGAUGUCCCCAAGACCGCCAAGAACUUCCGUGAGCUCUGCAAGCUCCCCGAGGGUCAGGGCUACAAGGGUUCCGGCUUCCACCGCAUCAUCCCCCAGUUCAUGCUCCAGGGUGGUGACUUCACCCGCCACAACGGCACCGGUGGUCGCUCCAUCUACGGCGAGAAGUUCCCCGAUGAGAACUUCAAGUACAAGCACACCCGCCCCGGUCUGCUGUCCAUGGCCAACGCUGGUCCCAACACCAACGGCUCCCAGUUCUUCAUCACCACCGUUGUCACCUCGUGGCUCGAUGGCAAGCACGUCGUCUUCGGCGAGGUUGCCGACGAGGCUUCCAUGCAGGUCGUGAAGGAGAUUGAGGCCCUCGGCUCCUCCUCCGGCUCCGUCCGCUCCGCUGUCAAGCCCACCAUUGUCGACUGCGGUGAGCUGUAA